CUCCUCUCUUUCUCUCUGCAAUUCAACCUCUCACGGGCUUCUCAUUUCUUCGACCAACCCCACCUUCUCGAUCGAUCUAUCUGAUCCAACGGUCUUUAUCCAGCCACGUCACCUUCCCCUUCCUUUUGCUACCCAUCUCGAUCCGAGCUCUCUGCUGCUCGAUCAUGUAAGCAGAGACUCCCUCUCCCGGCAUCGUCAGAGGAGGAGAGCUGUAGAAUUCGUUUUCUCGAUGGAUCGAUCGGCGCUGACGGUGGGCCCCGCCAUGGACAUGCCGAUAAUGCACGAUAGCGAUCGGUACGAGCUCGUCCGAGACAUCGGGUCGGGGAAUUUCGGCGUCGCCAGGUUGAUGAGAGACAAGCAGACCCGAGAGCUCGUCGCCGUCAAGUACAUCGAGAGAGGCGAGAAGAUAGAUGAAAAUGUACAAAGAGAAAUUAUCAACCACAGGUCUCUCCGGCACCCGAACAUUGUUAGGUUCAAAGAGGUUAUAUUAACACCAACCCAUCUGGCCAUUGUGAUGGAAUAUGCAUCCGGUGGGGAGCUUUUUGAGCGUAUAUGUAAUGCUGGACGCUUCAGUGAGGAUGAGGCACGUUUCUUCUUCCAGCAACUUAUAUCGGGAGUCAGCUACUGUCAUUCGAUGCAAGUUUGUCAUCGCGAUCUGAAGCUGGAAAAUACUCUGUUGGAUGGUAGUCCUGCUCCUCGUCUGAAGAUAUGUGAUUUUGGGUAUUCCAAGUCCUCUGUACUGCACUCGCAACCAAAGUCAACUGUUGGGACUCCUGCAUACAUCGCACCUGAAGUGUUACUCAAGAAGGAAUAUGAUGGAAAGAUUGCAGAUGUGUGGUCAUGUGGAGUAACCCUCUAUGUCAUGCUAGUGGGUGCAUACCCUUUUGAGGACCCUGAGGAGCCCAAGAACUUUAGGAAGACAAUACAGCGAAUUUUGAGUGUGCAGUACUCUAUCCCGGACUAUGUUCACAUAUCGCCUGAAUGCCAACACCUGAUCUCUAGGAUUUUUGUCGCCAAUCCUGCCACGAGGAUAAGCAUUCCAGAGAUCCGAAACCACGAGUGGUUCCUAAAGGACCUCCCAGCAGAUCUUAUGGAUGAAAACAUGGUGAACCAGUUUGAAGAGCCUGACCAACCCAUGCAGAGCAAUGACGAGAUCAUGCAGAUCAUUGCGGAAGCCACGAUACCUGCGGCUGGGACCCGCAGCAUCAACCAGUUUUUGACAGGCGACGACCUCGACGAUGACAUGGAGGAUUUAGAGUCCGACCCCGAACUUGAUGUUGACAGCAGUGGGGAGAUCAUCUACGCAAUGUGACCUGCGAUGGAGUUGGGACCUGAUGACCCACUCUCAUGAUGAAUCCAGUGCGCUUCUAAGUCCAUGUCGGGUCCGGUUGGGCUGUAGGCCUGAUAUAGUCAAUGGCGGUCAAUAGAGGGAAGUGGGUCCCGCUUGAUCUGCCACUGCCAAAUUGCUACCUGGCAAUUGAAGCAGGGCAUGUGUUCAUAUGAAAGAAAAUGCAGUUUGACCAUGUCUGUAUGUUUGGAAGGACUAUGUUGACUGCUAUCAAGGGCGGGGAUUUCAGGAUCUGGAAAUGGUGGGUUAUUUCUGCAGGUUGGUGAGAAUCCCCAGCUUUGCAUGUUUUGCUCAUGUUCUGUUCUUCUGUUGUUGUUGUGCUCUUGUUGUUUUGCUUCUCUUCCAAAGUGGUACAUAUGUAAAAUCUUCCACGCUUGUGAAACACUUAAUUAGUUUGAUGUUGUGUUCUUCUUCUUGCA